AUGACUAACAUAAUAUAUGAGCCCAAGGGCGAUGGAUCGUCGAGCUCGACCAUCACGGCCAAGCCUGGCGCGAUCAAGGCCGAGGUGCUGAACCAUAAUACCAGCGAGGUCGAGUCGCUUUGCGAAAAGCCGAACCAGUCCGAUGUGAAGCGGGAGUUGAAGCCAAGGCACGUAACGAUGAUCUCGUUGGGCGGGACUAUCGGAACUGGUCUCUUCAUCGGUAUUGCCUCGCCCAUCAGGAAUGCUGGCCCAGUUGGUUCGUUGCUUGCAUACAUCUUUGUCGCUACGAUGGCCUACUGUGUAACGCAGUCGCUCGGUGAGAUGGCAACUUUCAUACCGGUAACGUCGUCAUUCACCGUUUUUGCAUCUCGUUUUGUGUCACCUGCAUUGGGUGCUGCGAACGGCUACCUGUACUGGCUAUCGUGGUGCAUCACGUUUGCACUUGAGAUCUCUGUCAUCGGGCGACUUAUCCUCUACUGGUCGGACGCAGUCCCGAUCACAGCUUGGAUGGCCAUCUUCUGGGUUCUCCUCACAGCAAUUAACUUAAUUCCUGUGAAGUUCUACGGUGAAUUCGAGUUCUGGAUUGCAUCGCUCAAGGUGAUAGCCAUCUUGUGCUUCCUUUUUUACGGCCUAGUCGUCGUGUGCGGUGGAUCCAAGCUGGGCCGAAUCGGCUUCCGCUACUGGAAGGACCCCGGCCCGUGGGGCGUGGGCAUCGUAUCCCAGGAAAUUCACACAGCGCAGUUUCUGGGUUGGGUGUCCUCGCUAAUCAAAGCGGCAUUUACAUUCCAGGGCACCGAGUUGGUGGGUGUCACCGCAGGCGAGACCAAGAACCCCAGACGGACGGUCCCCAAGGCCAUCAACACGGUCUUCUUCCGGAUCCUACUCUUCUACAUUGGGUCCCUUCUCGUCAUCGGACUCUUGGUACGGUACGACGAUCCUCAGCUUAUCCAGGACGGGUCCACUACAAACGCCAAUGCAUCUCCAUUCGUCGUCGCAAUCAACGCUGCAGGCACCAAAGUGUUACCGGACAUCAUGAAUGGUGUCAUCAUGGUGACCAUCAUCUCCGCAGGCAACUCCAACAUCUACGUCGGCUCGCGUGUCCUCUACGGCCUGGGCCGCAGCGGCUUAGCGCCCGCCUUCAUCAGCCGCACCACCUCAAGGGGCGUCCCAUACGUCGCCGUGCUCGCCACUUCCAUGUUCGGCGCGCUCGGCUAUCUCAACGUCAGCAGCAAAUCGGGCAGCGUCUUUGACUGGUUGCUCAGCAUUACCGCUGUCUCAGGCUUCUUCACAUGGCUCCUCAUCAGUGUCUCCCACAUCCGCUUUAUGCAGUGCCUUAAGAAGCGCGGCAUCUCGCGUGACGACCUACCGUUUAAGGCCAAGUUCAUGCCUUACGGCGCCUAUUACGCCGCCUUCUUCGUCAUCGUCAUCAUCCUCGUUCAGGGUUUUACCGCCUUCACCCCCUUCAGUGCCGUUGACUUCGUCGCCUACUACAUCUCGGCCUUCAUCUUUGUCGUUAUCUGGUUGCUCUUCCAGUUUCUCUUCAAGGGCCGCUGGUUCCAUACUGUCGACGAGAUCGACAUCGACACCGACCGCCGCGACAUCGACGCAAUUAUCUGGGACGACGACAAGCCUACCACCCUGUGGGGGAAGAUCUGGUACCAUCUCUCGUGA